GGUGAACUGCCUCUGGCUCAACUUCAAAUUAUUCAGAGAACAACUUCCAAUGGCAAUACAUUUUUUAACUUUAUCGUUAUUACUCUGACUCUCUUGGGUGAAGGUUGUACUCCGAGUAAAGGCGUUGAGUUAAAGGGAAGUGCAAAUGUCACCAGAAGCUUCUGGUAAAGCUCUGUACAGUAAUAAAGCUUUUCCUGAUCCCAUGGAUGAUUACCAUUGAAGGAAAGAAGUUUUUUUUCCAUUCCACAGAGAACGCCUAUGAAUAAACCUAAUGAAUCUGUUGAACUCAAUGAAUCUAUGUAUACAAGUGGUGCAGCUACUAUCCUCGCUGUUGCUGUAUUCUGGACAAUAAUUAGUUUGACAUCAUGGAUAAUAAAGAAUUUAUUAAUUUGGUUAUUUGACAAUUCAAAAUCUCAACCAUCACAAGAGUCUACGCAUAAUAUUAUCGGUUUAAAUUCUAUACCAAGACUAUUGGUGACAUUUCCUUCAAUAUCAUCAAAUUUUAUCUUGGAAAAGUUUCGUUCAACACCUCAACUGCUGCUUGUCUUAAUGGAUGCUGUAGCCACAGUGGAACAAUGUGCUUGUAGUUUAGAGUGUUGGCCUAUUCGGGAGGCAUUCGGUUAUUGGGGUGUGCUGACAGCUAUCGGUCUAAAUAGUAUACGCACUUGUGUAUUUCUUACUCUUGACGCUUAUGGAAGCCCGUGUAAUCCGUGGUACAGAUAUCUCAUCGGUCAAGUACAACCAAUUUGGAUGGUAAUAUCAUGGACUGCACAACUAUUAUCCGCCUCUAUAGCUUUAGAAAUAUGUAAAUAUUGGUGGUCAUGGCGAGUAACGAUUUAUCAUUCUGAUCGAUAUGAUAUAGCUGUCGACAUGUUAAAUCCUCAGAAUCUAGUAAAUUAUCAACCGGAUUUAAAUGUUGCCGUAUGGAUUGGAUUUAUUUGUGAAGCUUUUGGUGCUUUUGUUGAAUUCUACCUGGCUAUUCUGUUUUUAUGUGCUUUGGAGAAUUGGAAUUCACAGUGUACUAGGACAGCUAUACAGACAACGUCCUCAUCAGUCGCCAAUUCUGAAAUCCCAGCUGGUUCACAGACUUCGCCUAAUUGUGAUUUAUCACGGAAACAAUUUCUGGCUUCAUUUAUUUUGAGGUUUUUGAUAAAUAUAACAUUGGUGGCCUAUGUUGUAACUGUGCAACUUCGAAACUUGACAUAUGUCAAGCGAUUCCCGGAGAAAAGCUCAGAGAAGCCGGCAACUAUCAUCGAUGAUAUUCCUAAUUCUGAGGGACUGAAUUAUGCAGAAGACUGUGGGAACCAAAAAGACAGCAAUACACUAGACCGAUAAGAAGAUUUCUUGAGGUUUGGACUCUUGAGACGGUUUCCAUCUAAUAUUACACAAACUUCGAGGUCUACACUGGCGAAACCCAAAAUUUUGGAAGAAAACACUGUGAUGAUGGAACUUCAUGUGAACAUAGGGAGGGAAGACGGUGGUGAUAAAGAUAACCAACCAAGACCAAGCAUCAGUCGUCACUUCUUUCAUCCCAUCUAGGCAGCAUCUUUUCAUCUACGUGUGGCACAAAUGAGAUGGAGACAUCAAAGCCAUUCAGAAUAAGAAAAAUCAAACUGGCCUUCAUUAAUCUGAAAUUGGUGUACAAACCUGCUAGACUACCUCAGCAUAAAGAACAAGAUUCGAAUUCUCAAUAGUAUUGUUCAGUCAAUGUUUAUAUAUAGUUUACUGCCUUUACUGACUGGAUACUGUAGAUCAGAUGGCUGUGAAGUCCAAGUGUAACACACAGGAGAUCGUGUGGUGAAGAAGCAAUGAGAGCUUACGGUAAAUCGUGGAGUCAGAUAAAGGCUAAUGCAGCAAACAUGAUUAAAUGCAGAUAUGCUAUUGAAGCCCAAUGUUUCUCCAUUAUUCUAUUAUUACCUUGGAUUUCGAGUGCGACAUAAGGCUUCAACAACAUAUCUCCACUUUCGCCUAUUCUUUGCCGUUCUGUUCACUUAGGUUGACGAUUGCCCCUAAUCUCUCAUCUCAUCCUCCAAGCCGAAGGAUCUCCUCCAUAUCACCCUCAUUGUAAUGACCCACUCAUUGCUUCCCAUUGGGAUUCCAAUAAAGAGAUGGCCUGCAUUUAGCUUGAUGUCAUUCGAUGGGCUCCUUAGUAUGUGCCCUAUCAAUCCGUUUCCAUUUUCUCCCACAUAUUUGUUCAGUCAGCCGGUCGGCUGGUCAUUGGAUCCUCAGUAUGGAACCAGAGCAG